AUGGUUGCGUCACCACCAUCAACAGGCGCUUUCGCCAGACACGUUAUGAACCCACUUGGUUUCACAAAAGCCUAUAACUUCUGGCUGUAUGUCAUCUUCGGCGGCGCAUUCGUAGGCUUCGCCCUAGCCCGUCUUUCCUACCUCGACUUCUCCAGAAACUUCUGUCCAGCGGAUGGUCCCAGCCAGAGCGGAAAUAGCGCAGCACCAGGAGAAUGCUACUACUACCUCAACUUUAGCCAGUACAAGAUCGGCAUCUUGCUGCAUCUCGCUGGUGUGCUGCCUGCCAGUCUGAUUGCAGUAGUACAAUUCACUCCCUUUAUCCGUCGGCGCUGGAUUAUCGUACACCGCAUCGGUGGUUACGCUGCGCUCCUCCUCUACCUCGUGGGACUUGUUGGCGCACUGAUGAUUGCACGUCAUGCAUUUGGUGGUGGCCUGGAUGUACAAAGCUUCAUCGGUGUUCUGGGCUUCGGUUCGUUGGGCUGCUUCAUCAUCAGCUACAUCAACGUCAAGCGCCUCCAGAUCGAGCAACACCGUGCGUGGAUGCUGAGAGGCUGGUUCUACGCCGGUACCAUCAUUACAAGUCGCCUUGUCGUCAUCAUCGCUGCCAAUAUAAUCGCCUCGCAAGGCUACUACAUCGUUUGGACCUGCGCAAAGAUUGCAGCAACCAAUUCCGAUGAUGUAGACCUUGCAACUUCAUACCCAACCUGCGCAUCUUUCGUCAACGGUACAGAUCCCGAGGCGGUGUCAAGCGUUGCGGCAACUUUUGGUGUCGGGGAUACGGCAAACACUGGCGCGGCUCUGAAUGUCGUCUUCGGUAUGGCGUUGUGGGUGUCGCUUGCGCUACAUGCCUUUGGUGUAGAGGUCUACUUACACCUUACACCAAAAGAAGCGCAAAGGUUGAGGCAAAUCAGCUACCAAAGGCAGUUGGAAGCAGGUUUGUGCAAUCCUGGUUCCGCAGGUCUUACCGCGGAUCGCCUGGGGGAUGCAGAGAAAUGGGUUCCAGAAACACCCAAGAAAGAUAGUACGAGUACGCCAACGGCCCAAUCGACCGAAUCUGAUACCACAGCAGAGACCAGUUAG